AUGAGUUCGACCCCCAACCGAUUCGCGAUCAACGGUCAUCCGCGCAUCCCCAAUGGUGUCAAUGGCGGUCCCCACCGUGCCUCGAGCAUGACCAGAGUGGCUUCGGGCCUUGGCGCCGAAAGCGAGGCCAAAGAUGAUGAUCACGAGGACGACCCCAUAUACGCCGCCCUCCAGCAGCGCUGGCAGCACACCGAGGCCAGCAUCGCCGCUCUGUUCGGGGGCGAUGGCCAACCGCGUCGCGCAUCCUCGAAACCCGCUGAUGCCGCCCCCACCGAAACCGGCGCGCCAGCGGAUGCCAAGACCACCUCCGCGCCGCCCAAGAAGGCCGCUCGCCAGAUUGACGAUGACUAUGGGGAUGAUGAGGAUGACGAGGAUGAAGAGGAAGACCUAGACAAGCAGAGCCCGCUGAAAUCAAAGGGCCAGGCUGCGCUACCGAAUGGCUUGUCACCAAACCACCUCCGCGCCCCCGCCCCCGCAGUGAAGCCGCCUGCAGCUAUCCGAACAACUUCCUCUGCGGUCUCUGAUCCUGCCAAGAGCUCGGAAGAUGUGCGCAAACAGUUGGAAGAGGACAAGAAGGCGGCAGCGGAGGCGGCAAAGUUGAGCUUCCAAAGCAUGUUCUACACGUACGAGAAUGACCGCGACGCGAUGCUUGAGCAACAGAAGCUGGACGAGCUCGACCGAGAAGUGGAGAAUGAAUUGUCGACUGGCCAGAAUGGAAACGCCAAUGCCACGUCUGCCACCGCUGGAGCCGCCGCCGGACAGAAUACCACGCAGGGAUCUUUGGGCAGUGCUGAUCUUGGUGCUUCUAGUUUGACUCUCAAGCAUCUGAUUUCGCGGAUAGAUAUGAAGCGCGACAUGGUCAAGGCCUCGGACAAUCAACUCAGGACACUCAUUUCGGAAGUUCGGAAGGGCCGCAGCAAGUGGGCAAGCGAAGACCGCGUGGGACAAGAAGAGCUGUACGAAGCUGCUGAGAAGGUGCUCAUGGAGUUGAAAGCCAUGACGGAAUAUGCACAGCCUUUUCUGCAACGUGUGAGCAAAAGGGAAGCACCAGACUACUUCCAAAUCAUCAAAACGCCAAUGGACAUCGGGACAAUGAUCAAAAAGCUCAAGCAAUUCAACUACAAGAGCAAGAAAGACUUCGUCGACGACCUGAAUCUGAUCUGGGCAAAUUGCUUGAAGUACAACCAGGAUCCGGCGCAUCCACUGCGUAAGAAAGCACUGUACAUGCGCAAGGAGACAGACAAGCUUACGCCUUUGAUCCCGGAUAUCGUGGUUCGAGAUCGGGCGGAAGUGGAAGCAGAAGAACGCAGGCUGCAUUCCGUUGACGCUGAUGACAGUGAUGACGACGACGCUCCAUUGAUGGCCUCCAGGGGGCGUAAAGCGCCAAAGAAGGGGACAACUUCUUCGGCGAGGAAAGCUCCUCCAGUCGCGGUUGAAGACACGACCACACCAGUGCCAGAGGACCGAAAACCUGCCAUGCAUCCCUCAGCGUCGAACCUGCGCAACGACUUUCUACGAGCAGACUCUGAAGCGCACGAUGCGAACUCGACAGGACUAAAUACUCCCCCACCCGGCCUUGCUACACCACUGGGUGUCAACGGUGUUCAUGGAAGUGGUGCUCCUGGAAGUCAAGCUGAUGUCAUGGAAGUGGAUGGUUUUGGCCAAUCUGCAGCCAGUGCGAUGGCAGAAGAUCCCGACGAAGAUGAUACCGAGUUCAAGACCUGGAAGCAAGUCACGAAAAAGGAUCGCGCGCAAGCAGCGGCUGAGCGUAAUCGACUUUUCAAUGGCAGCCGUCAUCCAUAUUUGAACGAAGAUGAGCCUGCUCUUCUUCGUAGCAAGGCAAUGAUGCGAAAAUGGAUCCGGCAACAGAAGAUGCUCACCGAGAAACCGAACGUCGAAGGCGAUACGCAAGAAGGUGCAGAAAGCACUGAGCAACCAGCUGGUGAAUCGCUUGCAGAGGGCAUCGAGAAAGACGAAGAUUCAACCUUACCCGACUACUACAACCCCCUUUCCGCCAUCCCUGACUUGGAUGAGCGAUGGAAAUGGACGACAGACUCUGAAGGAUAUGUUGUGUCUCAGAACGAAGAGGGGAUGCGCAUGUUUCCCAAGGAUCGGUAUAAGACCCCGCAAGGCAGCCUGGCCAACAAGAUGGAGACGAACAUGCAUCAAAUGCAGGAGACCAGGAAGAUUUGCGCGAAGAUUGGCAUUGUCAAGCAGAUGCAAAUACAAGCGCAGACCUACCAGAAUCAGUUCCAAAAAUACGAACCCCAGCCUUUCCUCGAACAAGAUGUGGGACCAGUCGUGGUAUCUGAAGAAGGGCCGCUCAUGGCACCCUGGGUCAACCGGGCUGCUUUUCAGCGCUCAGUUGGCAAGAUCUUCUACCACGCUGGCUUCGAGGACUUCCAACCAUCUGCGCUGGAUGUCGUCACAGAUGUCGCGAGCGAGUUCUUAGCAAAGCUCGGCCAAGGCCUCAUGCUCUACCACGAGCAGCCCAAGAAGGAAGCCGAAGCGCCUCGCUUUACUUUCGAGGAGCAAGUACUCCACACACUGGACGAGAACGGCAUGGACAUUGAAUCUCUGGAGACCUACAUCAAGGAUGAUGUCGAGAGACUGAGCAACAAGCUGGGCGUUAUGCACGAACGCAUGAAGUCGCAUCUAGCAGAUCUACUACGUCCUGCUCUGGGUGAUCACGCAGGCGCCGAUGGCGUUGGAGCUUUCAACGAUGGUAGCGAACAAUUUGUCGGUGGCGAUUUUGCGGAGGAUCUUGACGAGGACUUCUUCGGCUUCAAGGAACUUGGUCUGGCAGACGAGUUGGGCCUGGAAUCACUCAGUGUGCCGUUGCACCUGCUGCAGAACCGCAUGCACAGCGCCUACCAGGCACAAAACCAAGGACCUGUGCCGACAAGCGGCCUCAUUUUCACGCCACCGGAACCGUACGAACCGAUCACUACCGAGAGUAUUGGCAACCAAAUUGGCUUGGUGCAAGACUUCUUCCGCAACAAGCUACGUGCCAAUCGCGACGAGCCACUGGUCGAGGAUGAGGAUCUACCGCAGAAGCAACGCUUCCCCAAGCCACGUUUACCACCUACCGGCAAAAUUUCUUCCCCGCGCAAGCGGCCGCUUAAGGAGCAGCAGCAAGCAGCGAAGAAGAAGCGCAAGCUGGAAGAGAGUGAAGAGAAGACCAAGACGCUCAAGCCACUGCAUCUACAGAUGCCGGACGCUCAGGAGAAUGGCGUCGACCCGGAGAAAGAUGCCGAAGCUAAUGCGCCGAUGAGUCCGGAGAGCAUUGGCAACUGA